AUGAGCCCUGCACCUAUUGAGUUGGACAACAGCGGCACCGGCCCCUUGCGAGUCCCUGGUUUCAAUGGUGUACCUGUCUUUUAUGAGCAUUCAAAGAAUAAUCGCUUUGCACAUGGAAUUGUCGAUUGGAGACAAACUCCCCAGCUGUUUCUGCGAGAGCUCUCCAUGCUGCAGUUCAUGUUGUAUGUCACGGAACAGCCAGACUGGGAAAACAAGCACGAAGAUCAGCAGACACUAGAAGAAUGGCGUCAGCACGCCAUUUCAGUCUUUGAUCUCGAUGAACCCUCAUGGCAGUGGUGUGUAAAGGAGUUGCGAGAUAAAGCGUCUGAUUUCAAACGCACGGGCUAUGUUGCUGUGUUUGAUGCAGACUCGCGAGUCAUCAAAUCUCAAGUUCAUGACGAUCUUCUCAAAGAGCUUCGCGAAUCGAUGUCGCCGCUUUUUUCGGAGUCAAGAUCUGUUUCUUCUUUUGCAUCAGGUGAUUCUCAUAUGAGUGAUUCUGAGAGUCCGGUUCGAGAUGUGGUUGACCCCUUUAUGUAUCCUCUCAUUUACGGGCGCACUCGAGUCCUUACCGCCGGGGGCAAAGUUGAUAUGGAGAGACAUGAGUCCUGGAGACUAUCACAAUCCCAGAUUGCCCCGGUUCCCGAGAAACCUCGCUCUUUCUACGCCCGGUAUAUUGGAAAGCGAAACUACUGGUCCACUGCCUUUCAAUGUCUUCCCUGCGAGGUUGCUCUGAACAAGCAAGGAGGAGCUGAAAUUACCUCAUAUAUCAAUGGUGUGAAUCUAAAGGAAAGGCGCAUAUAUAAAGCGCUCGAAGGGCUCAUUUCGGCCGCCAUCCAACCGUGGAACGAAAUGCUUAUCCUUGGAGAUCAAGGUCGGACACAAAUUAGAAUCAGAACUUAUGACUUCCAAGUGGAAGGUAGUGUUUGGUAUCCCAAGUUAUAUCAUCUCCUGAACAACGCCAGGGAGGAACGAACACCGCCCAUCACAGAAGAUGAAUGGCCUGACGUUCGAUCACGAGUAAGAGAAUAUCUUGAUCUCCCUGAGCCUGAGAAGCGGGACCGCAUUUGGCCUGAUACUGGGUAUCAUGACAUUCUCGCUAGUAUGGAGCCAUGGCAAUGGAAUUCUUCUGAAGAGCUGGAAAAAUUGAUCAUCGCAAAGUAUAACCGGUUGUAUUCCGUGAAAGGUGUUGAGCCGGGAAUAUCCUUCACAUACGAUGAAUGGAAGACUGGUGAAAAUACAGGCCGCGCGAUCAUGCCCAAAUGGAAGGACCCUAAGUGGAGUGACCCUGAUAAACCUGAAACUCCCUCCAUUCCCGAUCCAGAUCACCAGUAUUACUCCAUAUUUCUGCAAGAUCAAUUUGAGGGCCUUCAGAUCAUAGUUCGAGUGUCAGCUAUUGAGCUCACCCCAGAAAAGCCUUUGUAUGGUGGUGAUUCCCAUCAUAACGUCGCUGGUAUCCUCAAUGAUCAUGUCGUGUCUACAGCCGUAUGCUACUUCGAUAUGGACAACAUCAAAGAUGCAAAGUUUUCAUUCCAACAAGAGACGCUGAUCGAUAGCGAUAAUUUCAACAUUUCGGAAUUUACGGCCAUGGAUCGACUUUUUGAUGUUCCUGAGUGGUCAUGCGACGACAAUAAUCCUUGCUACCCAGAUGCUCUACAGACCAUGGGGUCUAUCCCGAUUUCACAGAAUGGGCAGUUUUUUGCUUGGCCGAAUAAACUGCGGUCUAAGGCCGAGCCUUUCAGUCUCGUAGAUCCAUUGCGGCCAGGGUACCUUCGAUUUGCGACUUUGUGGCUGGUAGACCCGCAUUAUCGAAUUUGCUCAACUCAGAAUGUGCCUCCCCAGGACCGAAGCUGGGUCGAGACAUCACAAUCAAUGGAGAACACACGGAAGGACGAUUCAAUGACAUUUACGCAGGCUAUUGAGGCUCGAGACCAAAUAAGGCAGGAGCGAGACAAAAUUAGCAAGGAUCUUCUUGAACGUGGAAUUGAGCAGCACACACAUUCAGAAGAUUACCUUAUUUGA